AUGACAUUUCACCCUGAUUCUCUCCCAGACCUUACCGGCAAGGUGUACAUUGUCACCGGCGGGAAUUCGGGCAUAGGAUACCACACUAUUGCCCGGCUCGCACAGCAUGGCGCACACGUCUACAUGUGCGCGCGAUCUCCGAGCAAAGGGGCAACGGCCAUAGCCAGUAUCAAGUCGUUGUACCCUCAGGCUCACGUUACGCUGCUCGAGAUGGACCACCUAUCGCUGGCCUCCGUGGUGUCGGCCGCAAAGCUCUUUCUUUCCAAGGAGACCGCGCUGCAUGGAUUGGUCAACAAUGCCGGGAUCAUGGCCACACCCUUUGAGAUGACACAGGACGGAUAUGAAGCACAAUGGCAGACAAACUACCUUGCACACUGGGUCUUUACCUCCCAUCUUCUACCGUUGCUGCUUAACACUGCCAAGACACUUCCGCCAGGCAGCGUGCGGGUUGUGAACUUGUCGUCGUUCGGUCACCAUUCGGCGCCCAAAGGUGGAAUCAACUUCGCCGACACAUCUCUGGGGAGCGGCAGUAGCGGCAUGGCUCGUUACGGCCAGUCGAAGCUCGCCAAUAUCCUCCAUGUCAAGACGCUGGACAAACUAUACGGUCCUGCUUCAGCGCAUGCCAGAGGCGGGCAUGGCGAGAUUUGGACCGCAGCUGUCCAUCCCGGACUGGUAGAAAGUAAUAUCGGGGUGCACGCUGAGAUUCCACUCCUAAUGAGGUUGAUCAUUGCACCGUACAGGGCGAUUGGGGGCAUGAUGGAUGGCGACAGGGGGUCGUGGACGAGCGUCUUCUGCGCGGCCAGCCCCGAGAUGAAGCCAGAGCACAGUGGUGGUUAUUUCCAGAGAAUUGCGGAUCCACACGGCUGGCAGAGUGCCAUGGCCAAGGACCUGGGGCUUGCUGCUACGUUGGAAGAAUGGACCAGAGCAGAGCUGGAGAAGGGGGGAUGGCUCAGUUCAUUUAAUAUUGAUACCUGGUAUUCAAGAGGCUUAAACGGGUUAGUCCACCUACUAGAGGACUAG